AUUUAAUCCCACGCUGAAAAUCACAGCCUUCCCAUCAAAUUAAAAACUCCACUUCUUCACUUUCGUCCGCCGCUCGUCACGGCGGCGCGGCAGCCACCAGCCAUGGCGAAAACUCCGAUCUGCACACCCACGGCGUCGUUUCUUCUUCUAAUAAUCUCCGUGGCAGCCAUUUCUCCGGCCCAUGGAGGUGAGGACGACGCCUCCGCCGCCGCCGAUAGAAUCUGGGAACUCCCCGGGCAGCCCAAGGUGUCUUUCCGGCAGUUCUCCGGCUACGUCACCGUGAACCGGGGCGCCGGUCGAGCCCUCUUCUACUGGCUCACUGAAUCCCCCCUUCACCCCCUCAACAACCCCCUCGUCAUUUGGCUCAAUGGAGGUCCCGGUUGCUCCUCCAUAGCCUAUGGAGCUUCGGAAGAGAUUGGUCCAUUUAGAAUCAACAAGACGGCCAAUGGCCUUCUCCCCAACAAGUUCUCUUGGAACUCCAUUGCCAACCUCCUCUUCCUCGAAACCCCCGCCGGCGUCGGCUUCUCCUAUUCCAACCGCUCCUCCGACUUGCUCGACACCGGCGACCGACGCACCGCCAAGGACUCUCUGGAAUUCCUCGUACGAUGGCUCGAACGUUUCCCCCGAUACAAGACCCGGGACGUUUUUCUAACCGGAGAAAGCUAUGCUGGCCACUACGUUCCCCAGCUCGCCAGGGAGAUCUUGGCCUACAAUGCAAAGUCCUCCCACCCUAUUCGUCUCAAGGGAAUCAUGGUUGGGAAUGCAGUGACAGACAACUACUACGAUAACUUGGGGACGGUCACGUACUGGUGGAGCCACGCCAUGAUCUCCGAUAAGACAUACCAUGAGCUCAUUAACACUUGCGAUUUUAGUCGACAGAAGGAAUCAAAUGAAUGUGAGUCCUUGUACACCUAUGCCAUGGAUAAAGAGUUUGGGAACAUUGAUCAAUACAACAUUUAUGCACCUCCUUGCAACAAUUCGGAUGGUAGCCUCGCAACCCGCCAGAGUACUAUGCGAUUGCCUCACCGUCCUCACCGGGCAUUCAGGAAAUUUUCAGGCUACGAUCCUUGUACCGAGAAAUACGCCGAAAUAUACUACAAUCGGCCUGACGUACAGAAGGCUCUUCAUGCCAACAUAACAAACAUUCCAUAUAGAUGGACUGCUUGCAGCGAAAUUUUGAAUCGGAAUUGGAACGACACCGAUGUAUCCAUACUUCCAAUCUACWGGGAGCUGAUAUCAAGUGGCAUAAGAGUUUGGAUCUUCAGCGGAGAUGUGGAUUCAGUGGUGCCUGUAACAGCCACAAGAUAUUCGAUUUCACAGCUGAAAUUAACUACAAAAGUUCCAUGGUACCCAUGGUAUGUCAAAAACCAGGUGGGAGGGUGGACAGAGGUUUACGAAGGGCUUACCUUUGCAACAGUGAGAGGGGCAGGGCAUGAAGUUCCAUUGUUCAAACCAAGAGCUGCUCUUCAGCUUUUCAAAUCAUUCAUCAAAGGGGAACCGCUGCCAAAGUCUUGAAAUGAAAUCCAUUUUCAACUAAUUUUUCUCUUUAGAAGAAAGGAAAUUUGCUGAAAUGUAACGUGUUAUUCUUUUUUCAAGUGUUGGAAAGUUUGGGGUUUGGGGGGAAAGCAAAAGAAUAGGAGAAAUUUGAGUUGGAGAAGUUGAUAGAAAAGAGGCAUAGUUGAAUUGAAUAUCAAAGAAUGGGUUUGUUAUGUAAUUGUGCAUUUCUUUUAAAUCAUAUUAUUCUAAAUGUCACUAA